CAACAACAAUAAAGACGCGCAAAUUCAGUUAAAGAAGAUAUACAGCUGAAGGAGCAAACAAGAAAUGUCUGAAUUUGAUAAGCAUGUCCAAAACCACAUCAAAAAUGAGAAGCCUUUCAAUUCAAUCAAACCUUCAGAAAUCGAUUCAACUCUCUCUUUAUCCGAUUCUCUUCUCCUCAAGAUCAUCGAGAAGCUUCCUGAAUCACAGAGCAACGACGUCUCACUCGUCUGCAAACGCUGGUUGAAUCUUCAGGGACAACGUUUACGGAGUCUAAAGCUUCUUGAUUUUGAUUUUCUCUUGUCUGAGAGACUCACCACGAGAUUCCCUAAUCUCACGCAUGUCGAUUUGGUGAACGCGUGUAUGAAUCCGCGGGUCAAUUCCGGUAUUUUGUUCUGUCACAAGUCGAUUUCUUUUCAUUUAUCUUCAGACUCGUCGAAUUGGGAGUUUCUUGAGGAGAAUCUAUUGCACAGUGACGUAAUUGAUAGAGGGCUUAGGAUAUUAAGCAGAGAGAGUUUUGAUUUGCUUAACCUUAAAGUGAUUAACGCUUCUGAAUUGGGAUUAUUGAGUUUAGCUGGAGACUGCUCUGAUUUGCAAGAGUUAGAAUUGCAUAAGUGUAAUGAUAAUCUCUUGCAUGGCAUUGCUGCGUGUAAGAAUCUGAAGGGAUUGAGAUUGGUAGGAAGCGUAGACGGAUUGUAUAGUUCAUCUGUGUCGGAUAUAGGAUUAACAUUCUUAGCACAAGGAUGUAGGAGUUUGGUGAAGCUUGAGCUUAGUGGUUGUGAAGGUAGCUUUGAUGGGAUUAAAGCAAUUGGGCAAUGUUGUGAAGUGCUUGAGGAGUUGAGUAUUUGUGACCAUAGAAUGGACGAUGGUUGGAUCGCUGCGCUUUCGUAUUUUGAGAGUUUGAAGAUAUUGAGGAUUUCGUCUUGUAGAAAGAUAGACGCUAGUCCUGGACCGGAAAAGUUGUUGCGGUCUUGUCCUGCUAUGGAGAGUUUGCAGCUCAAGAGGUGUUGUUUGAAUGACAAGGAGGGGAUAAAAGCUUUGUUUAAAGUGUGUGAUGGAGCAACAGAGGUUAAUAUUCAGGAUUGUUGGGGACUGAGUGAUGAUUGUUUCAGUUUGGCUAAAGCUUUCAGGUAACUUGUCCUUUUUGCUUCAUUGGUCUUCUCGGUGGGCUUUUGAAUCAUCAUUUUUGUUCUUUGCAGGAGGGUGAGGUUUCUGUCUUUGGAAGGAUGCUCAGUUUUAACAUCAGGAGGUUUAGAGUCGGUGAUUUUACAUUGGGAAGAGCUUGAGAGUAUGAGAGUAGUGUCAUGUAAGAGCAUAAAAGACAGCGAAAUUUCACCAGCGCUCUCGUCUUUGUUCUCACUUCUCAAAGAACUAACUUGGAGACCAGACACUAGGUCUCAUCUCUCGUCGAGUCUUGAAGGUGCCGGGAUUGGAAUUAGAGGCAGCAAAUUCUUCAAGAAGAGUGUUUUACAUUGAACAUAUGUUGUGUAAGUGCAAACUCUUAGUUUAUUAUCUUCUUCCCUGGGGCAUUACUACUCUCUCUUGUAAAAUAACACAUCCCAAACUCUUAUGUAUAGCAAUGUAUAGUAUUAAAACUCUUGCGUUCACAAUACUAAAUUUCAAUUUUAGCUGA